AGCUGCGUAUGUUAGUACGAAUAAUAUGAGGUUGUGAACUUUUUUUCUUGUCCAACCCUCUUCCCCGCACGACGGCAUCCAUCUCAACGGCGGGAAAUUGAACUCUUCUCCAGGUUUUUCUCUUCUCCCUUGUCGUCUGCCCAGAGAGACCCCGGCCCCUCACUGUCUCUCUUUCUGUUCUGCCUACCUUGUGCCCAUUGAGACGGGCGCCCUGAGAGAUCGUCGGGCUCUCCCAUUUCUGGGGCCUACGGCCUUGGGAGGGUCUUGGCCUUGCGCAACUUCUCACGACUCUCAAUGGCCCGGCUUAGAACAGCUUCGGCUUCGGGCCAAUUCGAGCCGGUCCAUCUCGGCCGGCAUCCUGUCAUGAAAGUCAUGGAACGGUAUAAGAAGGAUACAGUGUCGCAUUGUGAAAUUCCCGAGAGAGAGAGCGAGAGAAGAGACUCGAGACCUCCCCUUCCUUCCAUUAAGCAAGCCCCUUCAGCUUCUCCUUACCAUGGCGCUCGCAAAGCUUCUUUCGUCCGGCCUCGUGUUUGCCUCCCUCGCCGCCUCCAAGUGGAUUGUCCCCGGCGGCAGAUGGCAUGACACCGAGGGCAAUCUCGUGAACGCUCAUGCCGGCGGCGUCACCCUCGACCCGGACACGGGCAAGUUCUUCUGGUUCGGCGAGUACAAGAUUGAGGGCCAGGUCGAGGGCGGCGGCGUCUCCGUCUACAGCUCCGACGACCUGGCCACCUGGGAAUACCACGGCAAGGCUCUCGAGCCCGUCGAGGGUCAUCCCAUCAUCUCGACCGACAUGAUCAUCCAGCGUCCCAAGGUGGUCUACAGCGAGUCCACCAGCGAGUACCACAUGUGGUGGCACGCCGAUAACUCGACCUACGGCCUCCUGUUGCAGGGUUUCGCCACCUCGCCCAACAUCUCGGGCCCCUACACCUAUGUCGACGCCAUGUCGCCCCUCGGCAACUGGUCCCAGGACUUUGGCAUCUUCACCGACUACAAGGACGGCCGUUCCUACUCGCUCUACUCCAACGGCGAUCGCCUCGAGGGCCGCGACGUCUACAUCACGGCCUUCAACGAGGAGCUCAGCAACGUCACCGAGGUCAUCCACCGCUUCGACAAGUACGACCUCGAGGCCCCGACCAUCAUCCAGACCGACUCGAGCUACUACGCCCUCAUGUCCCACAAGACGGGCUACCGCCCCAACAACGUCGUCGCCUUCCGCGCCGACUCCCUCGCCGGCCCCUGGUCCCAGCCCUUCAUGGUCGCCGACCCCUACACCCGCACCUACAACUCCCAGUCCGGCUUCUCCCUGCGCAUCGUCGGCUCCGAGGUGACGACCUACCUUUACCUCGGCGACCAGUGGGACUCCAACUCGCUCUGGGAGAGCCGCUACAUCUGGCUGCCCAUCGUCGUCGAUGACGAGAAGAAGUCGGUCCACGUCGAGUGGCACGAUGUCUACGACCUCGACAUCGCCACGGGUGUCGUCACGCCGAUCGAGGGCACCCCCUACUACGCUCGCGACUCCGCCACGACGGCCGGCGGCGCCUACAAGCAGGAGGCCAACUUCGCCAGCGGUGGCUCCAUCGUCACGGGCAUCUACGGCAACGACAGCACCGUCACCUUCUCCGGCAUCGAGGGCGCCGGCGAGCCCCAGUGGGUGUCCUUCUACUACCAGAACACGGACGACAUGGGCUUCGGCGACCAGCCCGGCGGCACCCCGGACCGCAUCGGCGGCAAGUGGCAGCUGCGCCGCAUCGCCUCCGUCGUCGUCAACGGCAACGAGGAGCACGUCGAGACCCUCUUCCAGCGCGACACCCACAAGGGCAUCAUCCUGUCCACGCCCCUGCAGCUGACCCUCGACAAGGGCUCCAACAACACCAUCACCAUCGGCGGCCUGUGGAACGGCUUUGACUACAAGGGCGCCGAUAUUGACCGCAUCGUCGUCUACCCGCCCGAGGGCACCCCAAGCAAGUGCAAGAAGAGCAUUUGAACACGGGCUUAUAUAAUGAUUAAUGGGAGUGGAAGAGGUAGAUAGAUGUAAGAAAUACAGACGUCUCG